AUGCAAUUUGCUCCAGAUAACCAAAUAGGCAAAGAGUUACAGCAAAACUUGAUUCAAGAAAUACAAAGGCGUUUCAAUAAACCGGCUGAUGAUGCCGUAGAUAUUGCUGACUAUAUCAUCUACUUGAUUGUGGCAAAAAAGAGCGAACAAGAAAUAGUCGCAGAAGUCAAAGAUAUUGCUGACAUAUCUAUUGAUGUUGGGUUUAUUGGGGAUGUUUAUCUGGAAAUCAGAAAGUUGGAAGUAAAAUAUAAUCAACCUCCUGCUGCAGUGGAGGAAGCUUCUCAACCUCAACAAGAACAGCAACAGCAAUCUCAAGCUUCUGUAGUGGCUCCACAAAUUCCUAUUGGUCCUAAGAAACAAUUAACUGAGGAAGAGAAGAUUGCCCUUCGAAGUCAAAGAUUUGGAACUACUACUAGAUUGAGUGGGCGAGGUGGACGUGGUGGUAUAACUAAAACUAGAACCGAUUUCAGAAAUGGGCACAAUAAUAAGAACUUCCUAGACCCUAAAAAAUUAGACCAAAUAAUUUCUGGUGCCAAUAAUGGGGCUAUUAAGUUUGUACCACUCCCACCAAAAGGUAGAUGUCCAGAUUUCCCAUAUUGUAAGAAUCAGAAUUGUGAAAAAGCUCAUCCAACAAAAAACUGUUUCAACUACCCGGAUUGCCCUAACCCACCGGGAACAUGUAAUUUUUUGCAUCCGGAUCAAGACCAAGAGUUGAUUGCUAAAUUAGAAACAUCUAAAAAAGAAUUUGAAGAAAAGAAAAAGAAUCAACUUAUGGUCAAACAAGGCUCAUGUAAAUAUGGUUUGAAAUGUGCUAAAGAAAAUUGUCCAUUUGCUCACCCAACACCAGCUAAUCCUGAAUCUGGUAAGAUUGAAACUUUGGAAUGGUGUCCACAAGGUAAGAAUUGUCAAGAUAGAAAUUGUACUAAAUCACAUCCACCUCCACCUACGGCAAACUCAGAAAAAUUAUUAUCAGCUGCUGACUUGGCAUUGGAACAAUGUAAAUUUGGUUCACAAUGUACUAAUCUCAAAUGUCCAAGAAGACAUGCAACUUCGGCUGUGCCAUGUCGUGCUGGUGCUGAAUGUAGAAGAGUCGAUUGUACAUUUUCCCAUCCAUUGAAAGAACCAUGCCGUUUUGGAACAAAAUGUACAAAUAAAGUGUGUAUGUACCAACAUCCUGAAGGAAGAACUAUUGCCUCUCACACUUGGACCAGGGAUGGUAGUGGCAAUAAUAACAGUACCUCAAAUCGAUCAUUUGCUGUUUCUGAAGAUCAGAUUAUGGAACAAGUUGCUCAAUAG